CCCCGCCCCCGCCUCCGCCCUCCCGCCCAGGCGGGGCUCCGGGUUUGAACCGCGAGGCGGGCCGGGGCUCGGUGGUGUAGCGCUCGUAGGCGGCGGCGCGGACUGGGCGGUCUGCAGCGCGCGGCACCAUGGCCCCGGGCAGCGGGGUGAAGAGCGAGUACAUGAAGCGCUACCGGGAGCCGCGUUGGGACGAGUACGCGCACUGCUACCGCGAGCUGCUGCGCUACCGGCUGGGCCGCCGGCUGCUGGAGCAGGCACACGCGCCCUGGCUCUGGGACGCCUGGGGCCCGGACAGCCCGUCGGACAGCUCGGCCUCGCCCAGCCCCGCGCCCCGGGGCGCGCAUGGAGAGCCCGCGGAGCCCUCGGUGCCGGAGGAGGAGCGGCCGGCGGGGCAGCAAGGCGCGGAGCUGCGGGGCUCGGAGGCUGGGGACGCAGAGGCCGUGGAGGAGCGGGACGCGGCGCUGCCAGCACUGCCAGCAAAAGACUUAGAAGAAAAACCAGAACAGCAAACCGGAACAAAAGAGACUGACAGGGUGCCCAGUGGCACUGAACCUCGACAGCAGCCUAGUGCCUUAUUUGCUAGAGGAAGUAGGAAAGCAGCCAAAAGCCCCCAAAGAUCAACAAGCAAAAUAAAAGAGAACAAACAUCCAUUUGCUCUUUAUGGCUGGGGAGAGAAACAGACGGACACGGGGAGCCAGAAGACUCACAACGUCUGUGCAUCUGCUGCUGUGCAUGAGAUUCAUGAAUCCGCACUACGAGCUAAGAACAGAAGACAGGUGGAAAAAAGGAAACUGGCUGCUCAGAGGCAGCGGGCUCACUCUGUGGAUGUGGAGAAGAACAGAAGGAUAAAGCCAUCUUCCGCAGAGAACCCAUGGCUGACGGAGUACAUGCGGUGCUACUCAGCGAGGGCCUAGGUGCCAGGACAGCCUCCUUCAGAAAGUCUUUGUAAAAGAAUAUAAGAGAAAAGAAAGCAAAACACACUAUCAAAUGAAACCACACAGGUGGAUGAAACAAACAGACCCUGCACAGCUCUUCUUAGGGAAUUUCCAAAAGAUGGUUUUGUUUUGGUGGUGGUUGGUCACCUGCCUUAGUAGUUAGGCAGACCAUCGAAGCCAUAGACAUUGGGUUGUUUAUGAAGACAAGACCCCAAGUCUUGAUAUUCUUGUAAGAGUUUUAUUUUAAAGCAUUUUAAUUUCUGAGAUACCCACACCAAAUGCCUUUAACCGGCUUUAGAUGCUUCCCGUCCACAUCCUCCUGUAUUGCAGGAGGAACUGUUUAUUCUGAGCAGCAUCACAUCCCACAGCUGGCAAGAUCACCUGGUUCUACAGCACAGGACUCACUGUCACCGUGUGUGUUUGCAUCAAGUGAAGCACAAGGUGUGAGCCCCAUGACUAAUGCUGUUAUGGUGAACUAGAACUCCAGCAGUUGUGAUAUGUAAGAUUUUUCUGGCCAGAGCGAGGAUCACCUCUUUAAAUCAUCAUCUAGCCAGUUUCUUAAUACAGAGUUUAAUAGUUUGGAUACAUUCCAGUGAGUGUUGUGUAGUGUGUGUAGAGAGUAAUGGUGACGUUUCUUUUGAGUCAGUGUCACGUUCUUUUACCUACAGUAUUUACUUUUAGAGCACACAUGGAACAGUCAGUAACUUCAGUCUGAGCUCUGCCACACCCCUCUUCUGUGAUAGCUGGCAAUGGCAUGGAAGCCUUGUAAUCUGAAAUCAUGCUGAAUGAAUGGAGCUCAUUCCACCUGUGGGGAGGGAUCAGAAGACACCUUCAGCGUGUUGUCUACACCAUUCUGCUUUCCUUCUACAGACUUAACUGUGCAUAGCACUGAUAGUUUAGGUUGAAAACAUGCGUAUUUGAUCCCCAGCUUGGCAAUCUUUUCUGUCUUACUGUGGGAGAACUGGACCUGUGCAGGCAUGGCUGUAAACAGGGCUUCUUUCCCUAGUACAGAACCCCUGUCAGGCUAGAAAAAUCGUUUUAAAAAACACAGGUCUCCAUAAGAUGGGCAUCUUCUCCAUCCUGCAGAAGGGACUCUCAGAAGGAUGAGUGCCACAUUCUUCCCAAGAGACAAGGAGAUCCUUGGCCUGCGUCCACUUAGCACCUGAGUUUGUUGGGUGAAAACCUAGUGCUGGGCGUGGGGCCAAGCAUUUCCUUGAUAUUUUUAUUUUGGGUUUUGAAUAUGAUAAUUUCUAGACCACAAACUGAUUUCAUUCCAUAUGAAAUUGUCACACAGUGUCAUCUUAAAACUGUAUUAAGCUUUGAAAAUGCAUACUGAAAAAUCAUGAGUGUUUUUAAAAACUUUUUAAAUAUUUGCAUAGUUUUGUAUAGUCUUAUGUACAGAGCCCUCCAAUCACUGAGGUGUAAAGAGUAAAUUCUACAUGUUGUCCAA